AUGACGCAGUCUCCCAUGAUCUCGGCGCCCCUCAAGGCCACCAACGAGAUCGACUGGGUCGCCCCCUUGAAGGGCUACAUCCGUGACACCUACGGCGAUGACCCCGAGCGCUACGCCGAGGAGUGCGCGACGCUCAACCGCCUGCGCCAGGACAUGCGCGGCGCCGGCAAGGAGAGCACUUCGGGCCGUGACAUGCUCUACCGCUACUACGGCCAGCUCGAGCUGCUGGACCUGCGGUUCCCCAUAGACGAGCAGCAUAUCAAGAUAUCCUUCACUUGGUUCGAUGCCUUUACCCACAAGCCCACGACGCAAUACUCGCUGGCCUUCGAAAAGGCAUCCGUCAUAUUCAACAUCUCUGCCAUCCUCUCCGGCCAUGGCGCAUUCCAGAACCGCGCUGACGAGUCCGCUCUCAAGACGGCCUACCACUCCUUCCAGGCCUCGGCCGGCAUGUUCACUUACAUCAACGAAAACUUCCUUCACGCGCCGUCGUUCGAUCUCAGCCGUGAGACCGUCAAGACGCUCAUCCAGAUCAUGCUUGCGCAGGCGCAGGAGAUAUUCCUCGAGAAGCAGGUGGCGGAUCAAAAGAAGAUUGGGCUCCUAGCCAAGCUGGCGGCGCAGACUGGCCACCUUUAUAGCCAGUCUAUCGAGGGCGUUCAGGACAACGUCAACCGUGCCAUCUUUGAGAAGGUCUGGUUGACGCUUGUACAGAUCAAAGCACAUCUCUUCAACUCCACGGCGCAAUACUACCAAGCCCUGGCCGACGAUGAAGCGGGCGAGCACGGAAUUGCUGUGGGCCGUCUCCAAGUAGCCGAGACGCUCGCCAAAGAGGCCGACCGAAUGGCGAGAAACUUUCCCGCCUCGGUGCCCUCGAGUUCGAAUCUCGGCGCCGAGACGAGCGGCUUGCUGCAGGAGCUCACGAAACGACAGUAUUCAACUGUUCAGGAGAAGGUGCGAGAAGCCGUCAAAGACAACGACUUUGUCUACCACCAGACUGUUCCCGUCGAGGCCAGCUUGCCUGCCAUUUCCAAGCUUCCCGCCGCCAAGCCGAUACCGGUCAGUGAGCUCUACGCCGGACAGGACAUCUCGCGCAUUACUGGUCCGGAUUUGUUUGGCAAAAUCGUGCCCAUGGCCGUGACCGAGUCUGCCAGUCUGUACGAUGAGGAAAAGGCCAAGCUGGUGCGGGCCGAGACGGAAAAGGUGGACACAGCCAAUGGCGAGAUGGCUGCUAGCCUGGACUAUCUGCGGUUACCUGGCGCACUUCAAGUCCUAAAGGGCGGAUUCGACCAGGACAUCCUGCCAGACGAAGACUUUCGGCAAUGGUGUGUCGACGUGGCGGACCACGAGAACCCCGCCUCGAUCUUCGAGUUCCUGCGAACGGAGCGGGAGUCGAUCCUGUCGACACUGGACAAGAAGACGAAGCAGCUGGACAUGGAAGAGAGCGUCUGCGAGAAGAUGCGUUCCAAAUACGAGAAUGAGUGGAGUCAGCAGCCCAGCGCCCGCCUGACGACGACAUUGAGAGGCGAUAUUCGCAACUACGGCGAUGCGCUCGAGGAGGCACUGAGAAGCGACAACCAGCUCGCAGCCAAACUUCGCCAGAACGGUGCCGAGUUUGAUGAGAUGCGACGGGCGGCCGAAGACGGUGAAGUCGACAGACUUUUCCAGCAAGCCGUGGCUGUGGCCAGAGGACGGGGCAGUAACGCGACGAGUCCGGCGGCGAUUGAGCCGAAUCUCCUGGACACUGACUUCGGCGAGAGUGGCCCCAGCGUCGUGGACCAGAUCACCCGGGUCGAGGAGAUUCUCAAGAAGCUGAACCUUGUCAAGCGAGAACGCAAUCAAGUGUUGAAAGAUCUCAAGGAGAAGGUUCAUAACGACGACAUCUCACAAGUUUUGAUUCUAAACAAAAAGUCGAUAUCAAAUUAUGAAGCGCAGCUAUUCGAGCAGGAGCUGGAGAAGUUUCGGCCGCAUCAGAACCGACUGCUGCAGGCGAACCACAAGCAGUCGGCACUGAUGAAGGAGCUCACGGCGACUUUCAACACCCUAUUGCAGGACAAGCGGGUGCGCGCCGAACAGAGCAAGUAUGAGACGAUUCAGCGCCAGCGGUCGUCGGUCAUCAACAAGUACAAGCGGGCGUACCAGGAGUUCCUGGACCUGGAGGCUGGGCUGCAAAGCGCCAAGAACUGGUACUCGGAGAUGAGGGAGACGGUGGAGAGCCUGGACAAGAAUGUCGAGUCGUUUGUCAACAACCGGAGAGCCGAGGGCGCUCAGUUACUCAACCAAAUCGAGCAAGAGCGGUCGGCGGGCAAGAGCAGUCAGGCAGAGUUGGAGCGUGAGAGGUUGCGCGGGCUGAUGGAGCGCAUGUCCAUGGACCCAGCAAAGUCACCCCCGGCCACCACGACGUCGAGCCGACCUGCCCCGGCGCCGCUGUUCCAGCCCGGGCAGGGGCCGCGGUACCCGCAGACCAACUUCCAGGGUCAAUACCAGGUGCCGACGUCGCCGCCGCCGAAUCAAGUGCACAUGAUGCAGCAACAGCAGCAGCACCAACCGCAACAUCAACAGCAGCCGAGCUACCCAGGUUAUUCGAGCCCGCCGCCGGCCAGCACGUUCUCGCAGCCAGCAUACAACCCGAGCCAGUACGGACGAAACCCGGGCCCGACAUCGCCGCCGCCGCACCAGACGUCGUUUGGCAUGGGGGCCAUGAGAGGCCCAGCUUCGCCGCCGCCGAACCAGACGACGUUUGGACAAGGCCAGCACCAAAUGUACCAGGGGUACGGCGGCCAGCAAGCGGCACAGCAGCAGGCGCCGGCGGGUUACGUGCCCCCCGGGUUCGUGCCGCCGCCUCCACCACCGGGUCCGCCGCCGCUGGGACCGCAGCAGACGAUCCACUACGGCAACCAGGAGUACGAGUAUGCGCCGAGCGGCGGCCAGGCGAGACCUGCACAAACACAGGCGCAACAGGCUCACGACCCGUGGGCGGGACUGAGCGCGUGGAAGUGA